AUGGCAUUCAGAGCAUCCCUUCGUCCCAUGACCCUGGCGGCCCGCUCCGGCAUCGCCUCCACGGCCAGGACCACCAGGGCCUUCCACGCGACGCCCGCAGCUCUGGUCAGCGUCGGCGACAGCGUCCCCAACCUUGACGUCCUCACAGAGGGCUCUCCCGCAAACACCGUCAACUUGGCCAAGGAAUUCGCCGCCGAGGAUGGCCUCAUCAUCGGUGUGCCCGGAGCCUUCAGCCCCGGGUGCUCCCAGAAGCACAUACCCAGCUAUCUCACCCACCCAAACCUCAAGGAUGCUGGCAAGGUCUUCGUCGUCAGUGUCAACGACCCCUUUGUCAUGAGUGCUUGGGGUGAGGCGUUGGAUCCUGCCGGCACACAGGGUAUCCGCUUCAUUGCCGAUCCCUCCGCUGAGUUCACAAAGGCACUUGACCUUGACUUUGAUGCUACAAAAAUCUUUGGAAACCACAGAAGCAAGCGGUACGCCUUGGUCAUCCAGAAUGGCAAGGUGAAGUCUACUCACAUUGAGCCAGAUGGAACUGGUACCAAUGAAUCUCUUGCUGAUAAAGUGCUCGGCGCCGCUGGUAGUGUCGAUUGGAAUGCUUGA